AUUAGUCAACACAACGUCACUUCUGCUCGGUUCAGGCGGGAGGUUGAAAGUAAAAAGCGCUUCAGUUGGCUGCUAACUAACAUUAAUGUAUAUCCGUAGCACGGUUUAACAUGAUCGUUAGCUAUAGCAGUACUACAAGAGACGAUUCACUCACUCAGUGAAUUAUCCGUUGGCAUUUUAACCUAUUAAGGCUAACAAACAUUAGCUUGUGUUUCAGAAGCAGCUAACCUGGCGUUGACGUGGUUUAUGUAAACUGGAUAAACAAACAAUGGACCGACCACCAAGGAAGACAAAGGUUGUGAAUUACUCUGAAGCAAAUGCCCUCGAUGAUGAUGAUGAGGAUUUUGCUCAGGUUCCACCCAGGAAAAAGGCCAGGGAGGAUGUAAAACAGGAGCGCAAGUCCUCCAGUCAGGAGUCCAACUCACAAUCCACACAGAGCCAGAAGAGCAGAAGACCAUUAGAUGUGAAGUUGCUUGAACGAGAUCUAGAAGCAGCCAUUACAUUGUCCUUGCUCAAUAAUCCGGAUGGGAUAAAGGAACAGUCACCACACACCAGUAAAGGAGAUGUCGUGGUUCAAGUUCCAGUCGAUGAAAACGUAGAUCCGACGUCUUUGCACCUGUCCAACUGCAGCGUCAUUUUGGACCUGGAUGAUAUCACACUAGAAAGGGAGUCAUCUGCCCUAUCGAGACAAAGAAAGGCUGCCGCUAAAGCCGCUGAGGCGCAGAAGAAAACGCUUGCAGAUGAAGAUGACGAUGAAGACUAUAAACCCAGACUGACACCAGAUUCAGAGAGUGAUGAAGAUUUCAGUGAGCCAGCUGAAAGCGAUGAUGAGGAAUUCACAGUGAAGAAAGUCAGCAAAAUAAAAAAGGAGAAAGUUACCAAGCACGAAAAGACCAAACAACCUUCUGCCUCUAAAAAAGAAAAGCAACCAUCAAAACCACCAAAGUCUAAAUCACAGACGGCAGCGAGGAGUCCUGCAACGGCUGAAGCUGCACCCAGAAGACCUCCUUUAUCGUGUACAAUUUCCACACCAGCGAGGAGUCCUCCAACGGCUGAAGCUGCACCCAGAAGACCUCCUUUAUCGUCUACAAUUUCCACACCAGCGAGGAGUCCUCCAACGGCUGAAGCUGCACCCAGAAGACCUCCUUCAUUGUCCACAGUUUCCACAGCGAAACCUGCGUCGCCUCUGAGCCCAGCAGGGGGCAAAACACCCAAGUGGACCCCACCAGCUCAAGUUGGUAGAAGUCCCUCAUCCUCGAGUCCAGCAGUGAAGUCUCCGGGUCAGGGUCUGCGGCUUGGACUGUCCCGCCGCGUUAGAGUCAAACCUCUUCACCCGACUGUCACCACUCACUGACCUGUCUGUGUGAGAUGUGUUGUCAUUUUAGCUUUAUUUUUAAAAGAUGCUUGUGAAUACUCAUAUCUAUUUGGAGACUUUAUGUAAAGUAAAUAUUUUCCUUUGAGGCAUUGGUCACAGAUAACGUUCAGAGAUUGUGCUUUGUUGGCUCUGGUUGUUUGAUUUGUCAUGCCAAUCUCAUAUCAGAACAUAAAUUGUUUCUAAUGACUCCCAGAUUUCUCUGAUGUUUGUGAGUUCGAGAUGAACUGUUGUUGGUAUGACUGGCGUGUGUAAAAGUAAAAAUUAUACACUUUUUGGUCUCAUAACAGUCUCCCAUUUUCCUAUCGUGUGCAAACUAUAUAUUGUGUAAAUAUGCAAAUAAAAUUUAAAACAACUUUAA